AUGAACAAAGUUCUACCGAUACCAAGAAUUCGUUACAAUCGUCGUCAAUCGACAAAAACAGGCCGGGAAGUUGUUCGACCGCAAACUAACAGGCGAGCACUGUCAAUACCAACAGUGCGUGUAUCCUCACGACCAUUACUACCACCUAUGUCGCAUACAAUCGAAAUUUCUAUUACAGUAAGCGAUCUCGUCGGUUUAGAACAUCUUGCCAGAGUCGCUUGUGUUUUAUCGCACAAUGACACGGAAAGCGAGAAAAAUUGGCGCCACCUUGGCACCACUAAUCCUACCGUAGUCUUUUCGAGAAGUGCUGAUUUUGAGGAUAAGAUCCCGUACAAAUACGUUUUUGAAAAGGCGCAACUUAUCAAAAUAGAUAUAUGUCGACUCCACGAUGGUGAAACCGCAUCCGGUUCCGAUGACGUUGUUGCCAGUUGUAUUUUCAAAGUCGAUGAACUUAUUGGGUCUUUUGGUCUGCAGUUAAGGAGAUCACUGUUGCGAUCGGUCUCCAUAGCUCAAUCACUGUCAACAUCGAGACCUUCCCAGAAAAUUGUCGGCGGAGUCAUCAUUUCUGCCCAGAUGCCCGAGAAAGAACAACCGAUAAUCGUGCAAUUCGCUGGACGAUCCCUGGAGCGAAAAGAUUUGAUCUGGGACGAAACGGCUGUGUUCUUUAGGGUAUUUCGCCUAGAGGAGGGAAAAGACGAUGACGAACUUGUAUUGCUAUAUGAGAGUGAGGCAAUCAAAAAUCAUUCCCAUCCUCAAUGGGGUGAAUUUCGGUUAGGAACACAGGAUGCUGCAGACAACAGGAACCGAUUACUAGAAGUUUGGGUGAUGUAUCGUGAUGUUGACGGAUCCGAAGGUUACAUAGGGAAAUUCUUGACCACAUACGCUAAAAUGAAAUACGGUCCUGGUUCCGAUAACGUCUAUACGGUGAUCAACGAGAUGAAGCAACAACAGAAGAAGGGUCCAAGAAAACCGCAGAGUUUUCUAAAGUCUGGAUUUCUUCAGAAUUACGAGAAUAGCGGUCGAAUGGAGUUGGUGAAAUUCACAGAUGUAUCGUUUUUCUCGUUUCUUGACUAUAUCGUUAGCGGGACGCAAUUGCACUAUGAAGUCGCUGUUGACUUCUCGUCUGAUGAAUCAAUCGCUACGGCGGAUCAGCAUAGAUUUGAUGCAGAUCUUCAGCUAGCUAUCAGAGCUGUAGGAGGAAUACUUAGGGACUACACGCCAAAUCGUCUAUUUGCUGCUUUUGGAAUGGGUGCUAAGACGCCGCCGACAUUCCAGGAAGCCCAUGAAUUCCACUUGAAUUUCAAUAUUGAUCCGAUCUGCAGAGGUUUGGAUGGCGUUAUUGAAGCGUAUCGCAAGGCACAGUCAGUGGUUGUACCCAUGAAAUCGGCUAAAUUCGCUCCUGUGGUGAAUUCAGCUAUAAGAUUAUCACUCCGCUCCGGUUUUCGCGGACUGCAUUAUCAUGUGCUCGCAAUUUUCACUCGUGGAACACCUACAGAUAUUAAGGAAUUAAGUGCAGCAAUGAUGGGAGCUUCCGAUGCCCCGAUAUCCAUCGUUGUUAUUGGGAUUGGAAACGGGGAUUUUUCACAGUUAUUGAAAUUAGCGGCAAAACGAAAGGAAGGCACCAGAUCCUGCUUGCAGUUCAUUAAUAUCACUGACAUAAUUGAAUCCGGAAACUCGCCGGCGGAAAACCGAUCUCGAAUUGCGCAGAAGGCAUUGCGUGCAAUCCCCGAGCAAAUGACAGAUUUCAUGCACGCGGCAAAUAUCGCUGCAAAACCACCUAUUCAAGUUUGCCGCUCCCCUCUUUUCCACAGUUCUUCGCUCAUCCCUGAUCGACCUACACCACAGUUCGUGUUUGAUGGUCCGCUGCCAACCUGUAUGACGCCGCAAAUGCCGAGAGCAGAUCGACGAGGAAGCGAUUCUCAAUAUUUGGAUGUAGAAAUCGGUGCGAGACCUAGUCUAACUGUACGAGUCCCCGAGAGAUGUCAUUCUGUCCUACAGACGACUCGAGAGCAAUACCAACGGAGACUGAAGGAAAGAGGUCUCGGAAAGAUGCGAUUUCCUCGUAUGGAUUUAUCCACAUUGGAAUCAAGUGGUGGUUCAACCCAGGACAGCUCACUUUAA